AAAAUAAACAACAAACCAAAAAUCAAAGCUAAAUAAUUCAUUUUUUUUCUUAGAAUCUCUCUCUCAACUCGGCGAGCAUUUCAACAGUUUACUAAGUAAAAACUGAGAACAGAUUUUCCGGUCGGCGAAGAUGGCCGGCGGUCAGAGAAGUUACACGGCGAAUCCGGAGGAUUACAAGCUUCUAGAAGAAGUUGGAUACGGAGCAAGUGCAACUGUCUACAGAGCGAUCUAUGUACCUUUGAAUGAAGUUGUGGCAGUGAAGUGCUUGGAUCUCGAUCGUUGCAAUAGCAAUCUGGAUGAUAUUCGCAAGGAAGCUCAAAUAAUGACUUUAAUUGGCCAUCGAAAUCUAAUAAAGGCAUUCUGUUCAUUCGUUGUUGAUCACUAUCUUUGGGUGGUGAUGCCCUUCAUGGCUGAGGGUUCUUGUCUACACCUCAUGAAGAUAGCAUAUCCUGAUGGAUUUGAAGAAGCUGUUAUUGGUUCUAUCUUGAAAGAAACUCUUAAGGCUUUGGAAUAUCUACAUCUACAUGGACACAUUCAUCGAGAUGUUAAGGCAGGGAAUAUAUUGCUGGACACUAAUGGGGUAGUAAAGCUCGCCGACUUUGGGGUUUCUGCAUGCAUGUUUGACAGGGGUGAUAGGCAACAUUCUAGGAAUACCUUUACAGGAACUCCAUGCUGGAUGGCACCUGAAGUUUUGCAGCCUGGAACUGGAUAUGAUUACAAAGCUGACAUUUGGUCACUUGGAAUAACUGCCUUAGAGUUGGCUCAUGGUCAUGCACCAUUUUCAAAGUACCCUCCAAUGAAGGUUCUGCUCAUGACCAUAAAUAGUGCUCCUCCUGGACUUGAUUAUGACCGUGAUAAAAAAUUCUCAAAGUCAUUCAAGGAAAUGGUUGCAAUGUGCUUGUUGAAAGAUCAAACUAAAAGGCCAACAGCUGAAAAGUUGUUGAGACAUUCUUUUUUCAAAAAUGUGAAGCCUCCAGAGAUUUCUAUAAAGAAACUGUUUGCCGGCUUACCACCACUUUGGAAUCGAGAAAAAGCCCUCCAGCUUAAAGAUGCUGCACAGCUAGCCAUGAAGAAAAUGCCUUCAUCCGAGCAGGAAGCAAUAUCACAGAGUGAAUACAAACGAGGUGUUAGUGCCUGGAACUUUGAUCUGGAAGAUUUAAAGUUUCAAGCUUCAAUGGUGCAAGAUGAUGACGAAAUACCGGAGAUUAGGGAAGAAGAUGAAAGCAUGAAAUCUUAUACGAGCUACAAGGAGAAUUUGGUUUCUGCACUCAAUGAUGGAAAACCUUCCUUAAAACAAGAUACUCUUUCCAGUGAGCAAGAAGGUGUUAGUGAAGUGAUAUUAGCUGAAUGCCAGAGAAAGAAUGAUUUGGAAUGUAAUGAACUGGAUUCAGACCAUCAGGAGAAAGGUCGACUGAAGAAAAAUUCAUCAAAAACAGAGCUGCCACCCCUUACUUCAGACAAAGAUGCAGUACAGGCCAAGAGUAGAAGUCAAACACCAAAAACUCAUCAAAGUGUGAGUGGAGCGCUUAUGCCAGGUGUUAUCCUAAGUCAUUCGGCGUCAGAAAGAGCUCACAAUUUUGAAAGAAGCAAGAUUGAAAAUCAACAAGCUGAAAAAGCUCAUCAAGUACGAAGAGCCCCCAGCUUUAGUGGCCCUUUAACACUUCCAAACCGAGCUUCAGCAAAUAGUAAAUCAGCUCCAAUUAACUCAUCUGGGGGAUUAAAAGAUUCUUUGGAUGACAAAUCAGUGAUAAACUUGGUUCAAAUAAAAGGGAGGUUUUCCGUAACCUCAGAAAACGUCGAUCUUGUUAAGGGGUCACAACUGAGGAAGGCUGCUAGUGUUGGAGACUGGAUAUUGGAUUCCAAACUGAUGCCUCCCGGUCAACUAUCAAAGGAGCUUGGCCAUGAUAAUGUUCCAGCCUCAGUUCUGAUGCCUCACCUACAAAAUCUUUUUCAACAGACAUCAAUACAACAGGAUCUAAUUAUGAAUCUGUUGAGUAGCUUGCAACUAUCUGAGGCAGGAGAUGCUUCGCAACAUGGAAAGUUGUCUUCUCCGCAGCGUAUUCCAGAGAAUAAUGGAAGUGUAAGUACACUGUUUUUGCAUUUACAAUAUGAUUUUUAUUCUGGAAAACAUAUGCCUUUUAAAAAUGAAAUACUGAAAUUGAUUUCUUUUAAGUUCAUUGUGCUCAUGUUCACGGUUUUCCUUCUCAUGUGAUGAUACAGCAACACUAUCCGCUAGUUAGUUUUCUAGCUAAAAACUUUGUUUUCUCAUAUAAUGAACUAGAGAUGCCUUAUCUCAUACUUUUGAACUUUACUCCAGCGAUUAUACCUGUCAACAGUAACACUGAGCUCCUAAAUAGUUUGGAGGAAUUUCUUUGUACCUACAAUCUUUA